UUUCGCCACAAAAACUUGAAGUGUCAACCUUAAGAAUAAAUUUAGAUGAUAGAAAAGAUGCUAUUGUUGAUCCUAACACCAACUUAAAAUUUUUAACAGGAUCGGUCCUUGUAACAACCUCUUCGGGUGGAGUUUCCCCCACUACUUUGCAAUUUACUUUUAAUCAAACUGAAGAUGAACAAUUUGAAGAUGAUCUUUAUGACGUUGAGUCGGAUGUCUGGGUUGAUAGAACACCACGUGGUUUGUAUCUUCAAAAAGAAGCUUUUAUUAAAACUUCUGUUGUUAUAGAAACGGAUACGGAUCCUCUCGGGAUCUUAAGGUCCUUGAAAAGUAAAAUUGAUGCGCCUUCUUCUUUUAAGAAUUGCUAUCCGAACGGCAGCAGUGAUCCCAACACUACCAAUUUUGUUCCCGCCUUAUUCUUAGCAGAAUACCAUCGCUGCACUCCUCUUGAAUAUCUUUUAAAAGGUUUGGACUAUUUAGGCCAAAAUCUUGAGAACCGGUCAGGCGCUGCAAGAGAUUUAAUGAAGGAGAACUUUGACCGAUACGUGGCCUGCCAGGACAGCAUAAUUGCCGUGAUGAAGCUGCUCGAAGACGAGUUUAGCAAAUUAGACAAUGAAAAUGUGUUGGAAAGUUUAUCGCUUUCUCUAAGAAAUUCAAUAGAAAAUUGUGAUCAGUUUGUUAGGCCGCUUCUCUACCGGAAGAAGCGAAUGGACUGCAUACGGAAUACACUGAACGUUUUACAGCGCUUCAAAUUUCUUUUCCAACUUCCGCAAAACUUAAAGUUUUCGAUGAAAACAGGAAACUACGGCCAUGCGGUUAAUGAAAUUUUGAAAGCAGAAAUAUUAUAUAAUACUUCGGACGUUCACUUGUUCAAGCUUGCUAUGUCUAAAGUACGCAAAGUUAAAGCGGAAAUGAUUCAAACUUUUUACGAUAAACUGAAGGAUAAAAACUGUACGCUUAAGCAAAGUAAAAAGUUUAUUUCUUAUUUAACGGAGUUACUUGGAGAAAGCGCGGAUCCGGGUUGGGAGUGCAUAAAAAUUCUCUCAAACAAUAUUAUUAGUACUUUGAAAGACGCUGAAGAGCAAAGUAAAAACGAUCUUCUAAAGUUGUCCAAUGACCAGGCUCCUUAUGAAAAAAUAGCUGUAGAGUUUGUAAAUAAAGCGAAUGAAUGUUUUGUUUCUCAUUUUUCUUCACUCUGGCAAUUAUCACAAUCUUAUUUUCAUGGAACCUUUCAUAAAAAAAUGACUGAAGUGGUCUUAAAAAAUUUGCAGGACAAUAAAGUAGACUUUGAGGGUUUAUGUAGCUCCGUUGUAAAGGAGUACGAGUUAUUAUUUGAGCGUGCAUUUUGGCCUUCUGAUGGCACGCUUCCGAGAAUGGACUUAAAAUUUAUUACUGAUCCACUGCCUCUGAUUCGCUGUAUUGAGGUCAUCUUUGCUGGGUACGAAAAUGUCUCUCAUCUUCAGUAUAUCCACGCGAGCAUCACUUCUUCAUUAUUCAGCCUCGCUAUUAAAUUUAGAACUUAUUGCUUGAAGCCAAUUCUUCAUCAAACAUUGAUUGAUAUUGAGGAGUUAAAAAAGUGGGACAUCUUUGUUCGCUUUCUAGAGGAGCCUACUUGGCUCUGCGAGGAGUACGCAUCCAUCAUCGAAAAUUGUCUACUUUCAAUCGCCCACGUGGUCAACAUGGAAAUAAAUAUGCCAAAUUCCCAAAACUUGCAAGUAAAUACUGAGUCGAACCCAAAAGCAGCAUCUUUCCUCGUGAAACGGAUGCUUUCUAUUUAUUUUAGUCAUAUCGUGCAAUUUUUUAGAUAUUACGCUUUUGAAAGUCCGUUAACGGAAGAAGUUGAAAUGUACAAGAGCGAUUCACAAAAUUACAAUAUACUUUUGGGCACUCCAGGGGAGGAGGCAAGCGCAUUGACCACUGAACUCGACACCAAUGGCCUUCACGUGCAGUUCCAGCGUUACUUGCGCGUGGUGACGUGGUGUAUCCACAGCAGGAAUAUAGUCGUGCCGACGCUUUGUCGUUUGUUUGAAGAUCGCUUUGGGCUCGGCUUAGAAGAGGAGCAGCAGAAUAUAAAUGAAGAGUUUGAAGACUUAAAGAAAGAAGCUUUAGAGAAUUAUAUUCAGUCGAAAACUAAAGUUUUAGCUCAACAAUUGGACCUUUGUUUGUUGGUUCCACGUAUGAACGAGGGCGUUCGAGAAUUUGUCAGUGUUCUUCUGCACGAGCUCAUAACCAUUUAUUACGAAGUUGACUGCACCGGGACAAAUCUAACCAAGGAUGUUUUCCACGUGUUAAUCAAAAAUGCCAUGAGCCGGUGUUCCCAAGCCGUUCUGGAUGCGAACGAAGGGAAGAUACCAGCUAUAAAGGGAUCAUCUAUUACUCGUCUUUGGAAUAAACAAAUGCUUAUUGACUUAAGAGCGCUAAAACUAUUUACGGGUCAACACUUUACAACUGAAGCAGAACAACUCUUCGUUGAAAUAAAAGAAUUCCUAUUAGAAAGUAGUGACCCCGCAGAAGAGAGUCACAACAAACAAGUCCUAGAAAAUUUUAAAACAGAAAAUCAAUUUGGAAUAACUUCGUACUUUUCCUCCGUUAAUGCCGGCGAACCCUUGAGCACCGACUCAAGUGAAUUACAGCUCAAGAGGGGAAAAGCUCUCAACCUCGGAGAAUUUACUAAAACGAGACUGAGCAAAUGCCUUGGGGGGCGAUAG